AUGCCUGGCCUUUACAAGCAGACGGUCCCCGUCUUCAUUCACUACCUUAACAACCUCUCGCACUUGCUCACGAAGGGCGCCCAAUUCGCGGAGCAAAAGGAAGGUAUGACAGCGGCAUCCAUGCUGUCAUUCCGGCUGAUUGAGGACAUGAGAGGAAUUUCAUACCAAGUCCAAAGCUGCUCCAAUACCGCCAAAUCAACCAUCCAACGCCUUGGCCCUCACGAGGUCCCCACAUUGGAGGACAACGAAACAACCUUCGAGGAACUCCAAGAGCGCAUCAAGCGCACAAUCGAGAUUCUAGAGACCGCCAAACCCGAAGCCAUGGAUGCGAUGGCCGACCAGGAAGUCAUCAUGGAGACCAAGAUGGGCAACUUCCGGUUUGCGACGGGCCAGGACUAUGUGUCGCAAUAUGCGAUUCCGAAUUUCCAUUUCCAUUUGACGACGGCGUAUUGUAUUAUGCGUCAUUUGGGAGUGCCUUUGGGAGCAUUUGAUUAUUUGAAGGACGUUUUUCACAAAGUAUAG